CGAGGAGCAACGACGGAGCAACGAGCGAGGAACAGCGGAGGGCCGACAGAGCGGUUCGGCCGAGAGAGGGAACACGCAGCGGUUCGGCGAAGACAGUCUACCACCUGACGGAGCGGUCCCCCAACUUGAGGACGACGGAAUAGUGCCGGGAAAGGCGUGCGGUAGCCUAAAGUCCGCCACCGCUACUUUACUCAGGCCUGGGCCGGCAGUCCACUAGCUGUCGCCCGGGACAACCGGACGAACGGAGUGAGGGAGACCCGGCAGCUGGUGCGGGGAGGCUACGAGCUACGUGGAGGAGCCGCAGGGAUACGCGUGGACUGAACUGGCCGGACUGAGCUUUUUACCGCUGAGAAGCAGCAUUUUAUCCUUUUAUUUGCAUUUAUUUUUUAUUAUUUUAUUGUUUUUAGUAUUUAUUAUCCUGUGUACAUUAUUUUUGGUGGUACCACCCUUGACUCCUUUUAUUGUAAUAAAUCUAGUUUUAAUUGGAUGUAUCGUCUGUGUUGGUUUUUAACUCUGCUCCCCUGAUUUUAAGAACCUGUGAGUCCUUUUUUAUAGAGUCCUAGGGCUCUUUUAAUCAUCCCUAGGUGGCGUUGUCGGUUUUAGUGAUUUUUUCCUAUUUAUUUAUUUGUAAUUUUAAGUGCGGCCUUUUGGGCCCGGCCACAUUUUUGGCGCCGUCGGCAGGAUCAGGGUUAACGAGCAGAGUUGAAACCCACAGGACUGUUUUUUAGUUUGCAAAAAUGAUGAUGCCUAUUUAUCCUGGUGCACCGUGGGUACCUAAGUUUGGGGGGCCAGAUUCAGAGCUCAAAUAUGGGGAGUGGAAAGAACAACUCCAGGGACUGCUUGAAUAUGCUGGUCUAGCAGAACCACGUAAAGUGAGCAUUUUAAUGGGGGCACUGACUGGGCUAGCUAAAAGACAGGUUCAAGUGUUGGCUGAGGGUGACCGUGAUACAACAGCUAAAAUUUUCUCUGUGCUUGAUGGACUUUACAGAGGGAGGGCUCCCAUUGCACUAGUUAGGUCACAGUUUUUUAAUUGCCAACAGAACCCAGAGGAACCUGUGCAGUCAUAUAUUCUUAGGCUCAGGGAGCUUCACCGCAGGCUGCAGCAACAUGACCCAGACGAGGCCCCUACAGACGAUCAUCUGAAGGAGCAGUUCCUGCUUGGUCUGGAAGAGGGCUCCCUACUACAAGCUCUGAGGAGGCAUGCCCGCCAGAACCCAAAUGGGACGUUCGACGCCCUGCAGCAGGAAGCCCGGCUUCUGGAGGAGGACCAACGCGGCCACAGGACAGAGGUAACCUGCAUGGCGGUGGGGGGCACUAAUAGCUAUAAAUCUCGUUCCCAGAAUGUUGACUGGAAGCAGGAGCUGAAACAGGAAAUCAUGACUGAGCUGAAAGACCAGCUGAGGGAUUGGACCCAGGAACUAAUCAGGGAGCUGAAACCCAGGAGCCCCCCACAAGGAGCUGCCUACCAAGGUCAGCCAGAACGCGUGUAUGUUCCUGCACCCACCUCUAAUUCCUGGGACACAGAUGGUAAGCCCAUUUGCAGACGCUGUAAAAAAUCAGGCCACAUUGCUAGAUUCUGCAAAAACCGCUCAGUCCCUACACCAGCUUUAAACUAGUUGCCCCUGCUGCUGAGGUCCAAGCAGUGGGGAUAAGCCAGGAAACUGAAUUGCAAGGGGCCACCUCAGCCUUGAUUGGCGAAUGCCCACAUGUGGAAGUUGUAAUCGGAGGGGUUAAGAUGACUGGCCUGCUGGACACUGGCUCCCAAGCCACCCUGAUGAGGCAGAGUGUGCUGGCCAGCCAAUUCCCUGAUUAUGGUGUCAAAGAGCUU